UGUGUGGCAAAAUUAAAAAUUUAAAAUUGCAAAGGAGUUUACGUUGGCAGCCUAAUACAGAUUUCGACACAUCAAAGUCUAAAGAAUGCUCUCUUUUGCAGUGCUGCUCUCAUUACUGAGGCUAUCAGCAUCAGUUCAUCCUGCAGAAUUUGAGGCUCACCCUCACUCAGUAAACAUAACACAAGGGCAAACAGCAACAUUCAAUUGUACUGCUCACUCCAUUGGCUCUUACUGGCUAGUGAAUGACAGACUACCAGAACAUGAUUAUAACUCAGGCAGAGGGAUCACCACUGAUGAUACAGUACUGGAGAGUAGCACUAAUCUUAAAGAACACUUACUGAAGAUACCAGCAAUACCACUGAAUAAUAAUGUCACUAUUCAGUGCUUCAUCUUCAAUGGACCUGCAAUACCAAGUAAUCUAUCAAGGCUAUUGAUACAAGGAAGGCUGAAUUCAGUGACAAAUAUUGAUCACAUUGAACUAAACAAAACAGCACUUCUUCUCACGUUUACUCCCCCAGCUACUCUACUUGGUGUCCCAAUAUCUAACUAUUCGAUAGAAUUUGUAGAUAAAAACACGACGCAGUGGACCGUUGGGAAUAAUCCUGUUUUACCAAUACAACCGAGUGAUUACUGCACUAAACAAAUCAUGAUUAAAGUGUUGGCUUGGAAUGGAGUAGGAGAGGGAGAGCCCAAUAAUUACACAUACACCCUUCAUGAAGUUCCUUCAACCUUUUCACACAACACUGAUCUUAGUUAUGCAGCAAAUGGUAUUAAUGUUCUACUGUAUAGUAAAAUCAACAACACUGAUUGUAUUGGUAAGAGACCAGCAAGACUAUCAACAGUGAUUAAAAGAAAACAACAAAAUCAGGAGACAACCCUUUCUUGUUAUUUAUAUGACAUUAGUAACUCCUCAUGCUCUGAAGUUAGCAUUGCUGCAGUUAGUGACUCAGUCUGGAGUGUGACUGUCAACAUUUCUUCAUAUUUAUUAUCAGGAGAACACUACACUGCAGAGACUGUGUUUACUAAUGAAGCAGGAAACACAAGCGAAACUGUUAGGACAUUCAGUACUUAUCAGAUCACUAAUGCUACUGUUAAACAUUCAACUGAAAAUCUCAUUUGUGUUGCGUGUAGUUUCAUACCAGGGACUAUCCUAACAGGCUGUUAUAUUGUAUUUAUUGACACUCAAUACAAUGAGAAUAAAACACUCCAAGUACCAAAGACUGGUAGUAACUGUGAGAGUACGUUAUACAGUGGAGUCUAUGAUAUAUACAUUUACGAGGGGAGUAACGCUUUUGGGUCUGCCCCUGCAAUUAUCAUUAAUAAUAAGUUCAUCAAUACUUCACUGAUAAGGAUCAGUACUAGUAGCUCUGGUGUUGCUAUGGACAGCACUAGCUCUUCAUAUGUACAGUCCAUUUCAACUUCAAGAGUUGUUAGUUUGAGCAGCAGUCAAUAUACGAGUGUUACUAAAUCGACAACACUUAUUAAUUCACAUACUCCAACUCUUAACAGUCAACCAGGAGGCAGCAGUGAUGAGCUCAGUUCAACUGUUCUACUUGUCAUUGCAUUUGUUGUUGGUAUCAUAUUGACAUUAACAAUAACAUCAGUGAUACUGUUAUCUUACUGUCUUGUCAAAACUAAGAAGAAAAAUAAAAUACUAAAAUUAGCUGAGACUGCAGCAUCAGAGAAGUUCAAACAUGCUGACGUGUUACUCCAAACAUUAAAAGGAACCAGUUACAAAACUCACUCCUCAUAUUUAUCUCCUGUUCACUCCACAGCCCCUCCUCCUGAACCAAUGUAUGAUAACAUUGAAGAGCUGAGAAGAGUCCAUGCUGUUAAUAUACAAGCAUUACCUGAGAUACAACCUUGUCCAGCUUAUGCAGUCACUACCACCAGGAUUACACAGGCCACUUGCUGUCAAUGUACAGGAUCAACAAUACAUUGA